GGCCGUCUGGCUAAGAGUGAACCAGCACUGAAGAAACAUCACAGAGAAAAAGCAGAGAAAGAUAGAGACGCGAAGGCUAGAAUAAGAGUGAAAAGUUAGUGCGGUAAAACAAGCCAAAAGUGAGAGGUGGGUUCUGUGUGAGAGUGUUGAGUUCUGGAGUGACUGAUAGAGAGAGUUUCAGGUGGUUGAGGAGUGGAUUUAUGUCGGCUGGGUUUGCUUUGGCUUUGGCUUUGGCUUUGGCUUUGAUUGGGGCUCCGGUGAAGCUCUGUCUUUCCAUUUCUUCGACUUCUCUUGUUGCCGCUGUUGUUCUCUGUUGUGUGCUUCUCUGCUCUGUCAGGCAGAGAUUGAAUCUGGUGUUCUCAUCUAUUUCGAUGCAUUUGAUGCCAAGAAGGACUUAUUCUGGAGUGGAUUGUUUUGGAGAUUUUCAUAUAAAACAACGAUUCUUCUACCUUUUCUUGUUUUUGAGAGGGGAUUUUACUUGAUACAACUCUGAUAAGCCGAGAUCUUCUUCGAUUAUUUUCCCUUUUAUUUAUUUUUAUUUUUAUUUUUUUGUAUCUGGGCAUUUUUGAGGGGGGGAUUUUGGUGAGUUUUUAUUGCUCCUCGCAAAGAUGCCAGAGUUUCGAAAGCAGUCAAACAAAACAAUUCGCGGGGAGUCCCAAAUCACCAGGAAAGUCCGUGUAAUUUGUGAUGAUCCGUACGCUACAGAUUCAUCUUCAAGCGAAGAUGAAUCUGACUCCGUCGUCAGCAAAAGGAAGCGGUUCGUUCGUGAGAUUCAUAUACCGCUUGCUCCGGCUCUUUAUAUGCCAGAGGCUGAGAGUUUUCUUGACAGUAACAAGCACGUCAAAAUCCCCUCUAGAAAGAGAAAAUCCCCCUUGUCAAUAACACCGUCUUCGUCUUCAGGGAAACCCAAAGGUGUUCGACAACGAAAAUGGGGCAAAUGGGCCGCUGAGAUUCGAGAUCCAUUUAAGAAAGGCCGGAUUUGGUUGGGUACUUACGAUACUAAAGAGGAAGCGGCCAGAGCUUAUGAGGUCAAAAGGCUUGAAUUCGAAGCUAGAGCCGCCGCAGCUGCUGCUGCUGCCGUCGCUGAUGAGGAUAAGAGCAGCGCCUCUUCUUUAAAAAGUGAUGUCUCAUCAUCACUUGUGGCUUCUAAUUCCCGUACCAACAACAAUCCUGAUGUUGUUUCUUCUGAAGACUCUGAGAGUGUUUUGUCCCACAAUUCUCCUGCUUCAGUUCUUGAACUGGAUACUUCUGCUUCAAACCCCACCACCAAUUGCAAGGAUGAUUUGUUUAAAGAAGGGUUUGAUACUAAUUUUGAUGAACUUUUCAGGGACGAGACAUUUGAGGAGGACUUGACCAAUUUCUUCAAUGACGAUUGUGGGCAACUGUUUGGUGAUUUAUGCGGCAUGGAUGAUCUGAGUUUUACUGGGGUUGAAGGCAACGAAUCCAGCGAGCUUCCUGAUUGUGAUUUCGAGUUGGAUUUUGGCAAUUUAGAUUUUGCUUCUCUGGAGGAACAACGAGUGCCUCUCAGUAUUGCCUGCCUUUAAGUUUUGCAGAUAGGAAUUAUUAUCAUUAUUAUUAUAAUCAUAAGUAUUACUUAAUUAAUUAAGGAGAGAUCUCAGGGACUGUAAGAUCAGUUCGAGGUAGUGGAUUUUGUUUUGUUUGUUUUGUGAGACUUAGAUGGUCUGGGGAUGAUGAUCUCAUGAAUUUCGUAGUAGAAAUUCUCUGGGUUUUUUUGUGCUAUAAGAGCCGUCCAGAGGGUUCACAUUGCUGAUUUCACUGCCAUGAUAAUUUUGUUCAUUUCCUCACCAUUCUCAUUUUAUGCUAAGUUACUGUUAUAUGAAAUGAAGUUUCCUAUAA